AAGAUGAUGAUGGUCUCAGGCCAGUCACUAACGACUUCACGCAAACAAUCGCAUUCAAUUCCCUCCUUCAAUUAAUUGGGCUAUGCCAGCUCCGAGAAUUAAAGUAUCGGAACUCGUCGUUGUCCAGCGAACGUCACUCUCAUAGGCAGAGCGGUGGGGCGCAGCAGAGCUGUGAAUGCGCAUCGCGUGAAGGGACCUCGGGGCGCCGCUCUCAAAACACCAGAGGGUUGCGCGGCUCCACCAGAGCUCCCAAAUUAAUUCUUCGUCCCAUUCCAUGACGCCGACAGCAACAAUCGGGGGAAAUAUUUUUGUUAUAUAUAUAAAAAAACGAAAUAUGUUCAUUCCUAAAAAUAUAGAUUAUGUUUGUGUGAAGGAUGCAGCUGCAGUUUAUUUCGGGGAUCUAACGGCGACCGCUUCUCUGUAAACAAACCACGACGUUGCCUUUGUCCCUUCGCGGCGAAUUCGUCGUGAAGCGCAAGAGGCGAUUCCAACUCGGAGGGACCUCACUUGCCAGGAGGCUUCCCGCACAACAGCCGCAUUCACUCCACGCUCGGCCCAUUUGUGCGACACGCACACACAAUGUGGGCUGUGGGUCUGCAGCCUCUCGUGGUAUCUCUACUUCUUUCCAUCGGUCUCCCGCCGGCUCUCGGUUCCAACGUCGUGACGACCGCCGGCCAAACCGUUCUUCUGCCGUGCCCGUCGGGCAAUCCCUCCGAGCGGAACGGCACCUGGAGAUGGUAUCCAGACCUGCAGAACGACGAUUUCGUGUCCAUCGCCACCUUCGGCCAAGCCCCGGUGACACCGAGCGCCGAGCGCUGCCAUGCGGCUUUCGCCCAGAGGAUGGACGUGCCCGGGGAGGCCAGCAGAGACUUCUCGCUGCGCAUCGUGCGAGCGAGGGAGGAGGACGCCGGCGUCUACGUCUGCACCCUCUCCUCUGCCCACUCCAGCCACGUGACCUUCGAAACGGAGCUGAGGGUGGACGCGGCGCCGUGCAAUUGCCCGCGUUCAUGCCCCCACGUGCUCUGGUUGGUGCCGGUGGGGAUCGGCAUCGGGAUGCUCGCCACGGUGCCCCUGCUGAGCUACCUCUGCGACACGAUGCUCAAUUACAACCGACGGAAAAGGACCCUCAAAAAGUGGCACACCUUCAGGAUCCACACCCUGCGGGCUAUGAGAGAGCGCUCCGUCGUCCAGGGCAACGUGGCAGAGGUCCACGUUAUUGACAACAAGCAGCCAGUGGUGGACACAUUCCCAUGAAACUGACGCUCGUGUCAGAGAGUAAAAGAAGAUGCCGCCGCAGUCCAUCCACCGGUGGAGGGG